AUGAAAAGCCAUCUCCGGAACCGAAUUUCAAGGUUCUUUGAUGGACUCAAAGGUGCCUCUGGAACUCAACAAAAACUGAGAGAACCAAAACCGAUAAAGGCACUUCCGCCACACUUUGACCCUGCAUUCCCUCUAGAAACUUUGCCUUUCGAUAUCAAGUACGCUCUACUAGAGGCAACAACUUUCGUCGACUACGACGCAUUCGUUUCACUAAUUCUUGCAUCUCGGGCUUAUCAUGAGGUAUUUACGAUGCAUAAGCGCGGCCUAAGCCGUGUGGCGCUGUGGCACGAUGCUCUGAAGUAUAAAGAGGAGAGUUUCUUUGUCGCCGCUGUACACGAUCAUUUAUUAGAUGCUUCUCGACAUAUUUCUAGAGAGGAGUCAAAGAGGAUUGAGGAUGCCUAUAAUGAUGCUAUAGACCCGAAGGGGUUUGAUACAGAACCAUGGUAUUAUGCGACUAUAAGGGAAGGAGGCGAAGAAAUGGAAAAUAGAAUUGUGCAGAAUCAUUUGGCAGUUCGACGGUUUGCAAAUGUUUUUAUAAGCCGGACGAUGUUCCCGCGGCUACUAAGAAGAGUGGAAGAGUUGGAAGAGAAUCAAACACAAAAGGGCAAAAAGAAGCAGCAGAAGCAAGAGCAAGAGCAGCGUCCGGAGCCAUCUCGAAAGUUGGGAAUUCACCGGGGCUUGGAGGGAUUGAAUCCAAACGAGCCACCAGCAACUAUCUCCGAGAGACAUAGAAUAAUAAAAACGAUUUAUCAUCUAUCUGUCUAUAUUCUAAUCUUCUACUCUCGGAUGCGUGGUCAUAGAGAGAUUGAGUAUACGCGAGGGACUCUCAAAUUUAUAUUGAUAUGGGGUUAUUGGGAAACAAAAGCGGUAGAUAUGUUACUCGCUUGGUUGGGGAUGGAGUUUAGUCCUUUGAUUUACAAACUCUUCAGGCAGAGAAGGUGGUGGUGGGCUUGGAAUGAACAUAGUCCAAGUUUUGAAGAGCCCGACGCCCACGCUCACAUUUACGGACCUGAGAUGCGAGAGGAACACCAGAGCUGUUCGUUGUUCGCCUUAUUGGUCCAUGAAUUCCCACUCUACGCAACAGAAUGGAUAACUUCAUUUAAUCCUCACUGGAAUGACUGGCAACCUCCAGCAGAUCGUUUCGAGGCUAUGAAUGAUUGGACAUCCAAGCUCGACACACGAAUUGAGACUGGCUCGGCGCAUUGGAUGAUACCUCGACUUUUGUAUUAUGCAAAUCAUACGGAUUCUCCCGCCCCAGAGGUGGAGCUGAAGCGAAUAUGUGUCCAAGGGCGAGAAACAUUCCUUAAAAAAGCGGAUUUUCUGUCAAUGGUUAGGUUUUGGAAUGAGGAUGAGUUUUUAUGGGGGCAUCCGGAGCGGCAGAGAGUGGAUCCUUGGAUGGUAAUAUGGGAUGAUUGGAGGUUGGAGAGAUGGGGUUAUGCUCUCGCGAAGAUUAUAUAG